AUGGGGAGCCGGGCAGGGGCGGCAGCGGGAGGGCCGGGGUCGGUCUGCGGUUCCGAGGGCCUGGGCCGCGCGGCGGGCGCGGGGGGCGGCGGCCGGGGCGACGCGGCUGAGGCGGCGGACGAACGCUUCCCGGCCUGCAUCCGCGACGCCGUGUCGCAGGUGCUCAAGGGCUAUGACUGGAGCCUGGUGCCCAUGCCGGUGCGCGGGGGCGGCGGCGGCGCGCUGAAGGCCAAGCCUCACGUGAAGCGGCCCAUGAACGCUUUCAUGGUGUGGGCGCAGGCGGCACGCCGCAAGCUGGCCGAUCAGUACCCGCACCUGCACAACGCCGAGCUCAGCAAGACGCUGGGCAAACUGUGGCGCUUGCUGAGUGAGAGUGAGAAGCGCCCCUUCGUGGAGGAGGCGGAGCGGCUGCGUGUCCAGCACAAGAAGGACCACCCGGAUUACAAGUACCAGCCACGCCGCAGGAAGAGCGUGAAAACAGGCCAAGGCGACUCUGACUCAGGGGCCGAGCUGGGCCCCCACCCCGGCAGUGCUGUGUACAAGGCCGAUGCGGGCCUGGGUGACUCACACCACCACAGCGACCACACAGGGCAGACCCACGGGCCACCCACCCCGCCCACCACCCCCAAGACGGACCUGCACCACGGGGGCAAGCCGGAGCUGAAGCUGGAAGGCCGCCGCCUGGCGGACAGCGGACGCCAGAACAUCGACUUCAGCAACGUGGACAUCUCGGAGCUGAGCAGCGAGGUCAUCGGCAACAUGGACACCUUCGACGUGCACGAGUUCGACCAGUACCUGCCCCUCAACGGCCACUCGGCCCUGCCCACGGAGCCAGGGCAGCCCGCCGCCAGCUCCUAUGGGGCUGCCUCCUACUCACACUCGGGGGCGGCCGGCAUCGGGGCAUCCCCCGUGUGGGCCCACAAGGGAGCCCCAUCGGCCUCCGCGUCGCCCACCGAGGCGGGCCCCCCGCGGCCGCACAUCAAGACGGAGCAGCUGAGCCCCAGCCACUACGGUGACCAGUCGCACAGUUCUCCGGGCCGCGCCGACUACGGUUCCUACAGCGGCCAGGCCAGCGUCACCACGGCCGCCCCCGCCGCGGCCGCCAGCUCCUUCACCAGCGCGCAGUGCGACUACACUGACCUGCAGGCCCCCAGCUACUACAGUCCAUACCCCGGCUGCCCAUCCAGCCUCUACCAGUGCCCUUACUUCCACCCUUCUCGUCGGCCCUACGCCUCGCCCCUGCUCAGCGGCCUCUCCGUGCCGCCUGCCCACAGCCCGCCCGGCAACUGGGACCAGCCCGUGUACACUACGCUGACCAGACCCUGAGGGCACUGUGGCCCGGGGAGGGGACUGGAGUCCAUGAGGGAGAACCUUGAUCUCAGCAAAGACAGAGCCUCAGGUCUUCCAGAAUGGGUGCGCCAGCAGAGGGAGAGGUGGCCGCUCCAUCAGGGCCCGCUGAAGCGCACCGGGGAGCCAUGCUUUGUAACCGACCCCGUGGCUUCCAGAUCUCCACGCUCCCUUCCGCCAACAGAGCCCUCUUCCCGCGCUGUCUUUGCGGAACCAAGGACAGCCAUCAGGCCCUCUUCCCUGCCGACAUCAACGCCGUGGUUUUGCUUCUCAGAGGACACCGAGCAGCCACAACACAAGACAGAGAGGAGGGAAGAGGUGUGGGGUCUCCAGCUGCCUGUGCUCCAAGGUCCCUGCCGGCCUGGUGCGGAGAACUCCAGGGGACGGCGGUCCGGAGACGGCCACAGCCCGGUGGAAGCGUGUCUGCUGGGAGCCCCUCUUGGGACCAGCCCGUCAGGUCUGAGGUGCUCCCUGCCGUUAAGGCUCUUCCUGGGCAAGGUUUGGCUGCGACUAACACUUCUCUCUUUUUAUUUUAUUUUUUUAAUUUUUAUUUUUGAAGCUUAAACAGGUUCGAUUUGUUUUGGAAGCUGUUGAAAUGUAUUUAUGUUCUGUAUUAUUUUAUCUUUAAUUAAUGAAGUAAUUGCAGAGAGUAGAAUUUAAGACAAGACGGAGGCCGGGCUGCUGAACUCGAGGGCCUGGAGGACAGGUGGGGUGCCCCCAGCCGAGCUCCAGGCCCCCGGGGAGGUGGCCGGGACCCCGAGGGAGGAGAAGGGAUUUGCCUUGUAGUGUCUCUGACCAGGUGGAGGCCCUGGCACCAGCGAGCGUUCGGCCGAGGUGUGGAAGGCAGGGGUGUCGCUGAGGUCCGUCCCCGCCCACAGCUGUGCCCAGUAGUGGACGGGGAUUUCCUGGGAUGGGGUGGUUGCAGAAGCACGUGAAUCCGGCUCUUAGGAACCCAACGCCACCUACAAGCUGUGAAACUAAAGCCUUGCCCACUAAAGUGUUUAGUCUUAGUUUUAGGUGAGUAAUCCUGAUCGACGCGUACCUGCUUCCGCUUUGUGCUGAGCACCGAUAACUCCGACUUCAUGGAAACUUGUGCCUUUAAACUUUGUACAUUUAAAGACGUCUGAGAACUCGCUUCUUUUUACUUUUUCUACUUUUUCCUACCUUUUUCUAGAAGAAAAAAAAUGUUUUUUGUUUUCAUUUUUGUUUUUUUGUUUUUUGCUUAUCUCUUUCUGGGGGUGGGGGAGGGAACUACAGCAAACUCAUUUUUAUGCCGACUCUGUUCCGCGUGGAGUCCGGCCUUCCGCCGUCACUACCUGCUGUGUUCUGCUACUUUCUGACCAAGCAACGCUAACUUUUGUA